CACCAGAUUAGUAUCUCAACUCGCGCUGCCCGCUACUUCAGUUCAGGUGAUCCAGUUUCACCUGAAUUAUAUUAACGCUUUUUUCCCCUUGGGAAACCUUUCUAGGUAAAAGAGCAGGAAGCAGUUUUGUGCUGGCAGUCGCGGACAAUCUCAAAAUAAGAUCAUCAUCCCUGUUUUCCCACACAAAGGUACAAGACUGACUCCUUUAGAACUUCGCGCGUAGACUACUAUUGGGCAAGAAAGAGAAGAGACAAAAAGGCCAGUUUCUGUGGCGGAAAACGGGAACAGAGGGUUCAGAGGUAGUGACGCAUUUAAAACGAAUUGUAUCCUCCAUCUCAUUUUCUUUACUGGCUCACCGGAGAGACAGAGGAAAAGCAAAGUGGAAAUUGUCUAUCGGGAUCUCUUGAGCUAAUAGCUGCGAUCAUCUGAAUUUGCUUUAAUUCGCUAUUUCCAUUUGACUUAUCAAGUUCGCGAUCCAGGCGAUCGGUUUUUGAUUACCUGGGCUUUGUGGGCGGAUCGAGCCCAUAGAAAAGUGAGUCGUGCCGGAGUCGCUGCUAAGGUGCUUCACAGUGCAUGGCUUUGUGACAGAUAUUCCGUUGAACUGAUCAUCGACCGGAGCUGAACUUGGUAUAUUUUUCUAAAGUGCUCGCGCCUGUCCACAGGAUUUUCAGUGCACGGCUUACACCAUGGCAAUGCAGGCCAGUUCAUGGAUACUCUUAGUGGUCCUUCUGAACACACCAGUGGGGAAUGGGCAGUCUGUGCAGAUGGACACAGAGGUAUCUGGCUUUGUGGGUUCAACAGUGGAGCUGAACUGUCUCUUCAUCAACAGCAAGCCCCCAGUAAAGAUCUCACAGGUCACUUGGCAGAAGUCCUUCAAUGGCACCAAGCAGAAUGUGGCAAUCGCCAACCCAGCGCUAGGUGUCUCUGUGCUGCCUGCUUUUAAAGACCGUGUUACCUUCAAGCACCUGGCCAUGCCACAGGAAAAUCCUUCACUUGAGGACACCACAAUUGUUUUCAGCAACCUGCGCCUUUUGGAUGAGGCCGCCUACAUCUGCGAGUACACCACCUUCCCAGCAGGCAACAGGGAAAACAUGGUCAACCUUACUGUCUAUGCACGUCCCAUGACGCACAUGACCCUUACAACUCCCAUCAUCAUCGCUCGGGCCCAGAAGCACAAGAUGACAGUUGCUACAUGUUUGUCAGCGAACGGAAAGCCACCUAGUGUGAUUAAGUGGGAUACCAAGCUCAAGGGCCAAGCCACAUUCCAGGAGACGCACAAUCCCAAUGGCACAGUCACUAUACGCAGCAACUAUGUGAUCGUGCCAAGUCGUGAGAGUCACCGCCAGAAACUCACAUGCAUUGUCACCUACAAUUCUGAUCACUUCAGUGAUAGUGUCAUCCUCAAUGUUCAGUAUGAACCUGAGGUAAAGAUUGAAGGUUUUGAUGGAAAUUGGUACCUGAACCGUCAGGAUGUGAAACUCACCUGUGACGCAGAUGCAAAUCCAGCUGUCACUGGCUACCAUUGGAAACUAUUGAACGGAUCACUGCCCAGAAACGUGGAAAUCAGAAACAACACUCUACUCUUCAGGGGGCCCGUGACAAACGACUUCAGUGGCACAUACAUAUGUGAUGCCACCAACAGCAUCGGCACUCGCUCUGGCCUAGUAGAGGUCAAUGUUACAGAAUUCCCCAAACAUAUCUCUAAAAACAGCGACGACAAUGACCAGAAGCAACCCAGUUCCAGUGCUGCAAUAUGGGGUGGCGUAGGUGGCCUGGUUGUACUGAUCAUUGGUGUUGCGUUGCUCAUCUACUUCCUGCGGCGUCGGCAGCACACGUUCAAAGGCGACUACAGCACGAAGAAGCAUGUUUUUGGUAAUGGCUACAGUAAGGCGGGCUCUGUGCCUGCUCAUCCCACUGUGCCCAAGAACAUGCAGUACCCAGAUGACUCAGACGAUGAGAAGAAGGCCUCUCAGAUUGGGGGGCCAGGGACCUUCGAGUGCACAGAACAUGAUUUUGAUGGUAACUCUGAAGACCUAAAGAGACCCUAUUUCACUGUGGAUGAAGGUGAGAGCCAUGAUUAUGAUGAGCGGACUCUAGCUUUCCAGUAUGAGCCCGAGCAUGAGAUUGCAGAUGACAUGGUAUCCCAAACUGACGGCUCUGUCAUUUCAAAGAAAGAGUGGUAUGUGUAGUGUAGCAACAAAAGAUGAGAUCAACAUUAGUCUGCUCUAACCUGCAUUCUACCACACCCUUUCAUCUCCAUCACUAGAAGCCUUCUACCCAUCCUGGUCUUCAUCCCUUCCUUCACUUCUCCAAGUCACCAACCUCUGACCCCAUCAAAAACACAUUUAAAUGAACAUGAAAAAAAUGUUUGCGGCGUUGACAAAUCAACAUCACAAUAUUUACGCAUGCUAAUAAUUUAACCUGGUACAGCAAUGAAAAGAGGCGUGAUCUUUCACUCAUUCCAAUCGCCAUUGACUCAUAAAGCUGUACAGACCAGUUGCUUGAAACGUUUAUAUGCAUUAUUAAUAUUUGUCUCAUUUUGUUGACGUUACUAUCAAUGUAUUAAAUGUAUUCAAAAGAGAUUUUGUAAUGAAUGAGACCCAUCUUGUGAAAGUCCUACACUGGAUGCAUUGUAUGUGUGUGUGUGUGUAUAUGUAUGUAUGUAUGUGUAUGUAUGUAUAUGUGUGUGUGUGUGUGUAUGUAUGUAUGUAUGUAUAU